AUGGGCGUCAAGCUGGAGGACGAGACUGGCUUACUCUCCUUGCUGACCUCUCCUUUUGCGUGGAGAUGGACAGAGGUUGUCGGAGGCCUGAGUUCCCUUGGCAACAUCACUGAAGCUGAUGCUGAUGGUCGGUACGUGAUGUUUGCAGAGGGCAGGGGGGGGUCAGGGACAGCGAGAGAUGAGGUCCUUGGAAGUCACAGGGUCUUUGGGACAGCGAGGAGCUCGGUCCCUUCCUUGAGAAGUCUCUGCCUGAACCAUGGCAGCCGUUCUGGGGGCUUCUGUGUUGGCCCUGCUGCAGGGAUGGAUGUCCCAGGGCUGUCGCUGGUGAGCGACUUCAGAAAGUUGGGUUUCCUCAGGCCUCAGCCCUGUUUGGAGAAACACGUCUCCCAGUUUUUACCCCAGUAUGAAUGGAAUUUUGUUUCCUGCUCUUUCUGUAAUUGCAAAACCCCAGCCCAGAUAUUUCAUGUCCAAAUAUCAUGCUUGUGGAUGCAAGGGGGUGUUCUUUCUAAUGAGUCCUGUGAAUCUUUCCCACGGAUCUGCAUGUGUCGUGAAGUCUGGAGUAACCAGGUCUACCCUGAGACCCCAUUGAGUUGGAUGGUCCUCACAGGAGACUUGUUUCAAGAAGUUGUCAUUUACUGA